GCCAGCCGUGCGUCACAUCGAUUAUGUUCAUGCUGUUCAGUGAGAAAGUAAAAAACAUUCUUGCUGCAGGUGGCUUAUUGCAAUGGAUUCCAACAAAGAUGAGGCUUUACGAUGCGUGGAUAUUGCAAGGCAGCAUUGGAAGGGCGGUGAUUGUGCGAAGGCACUGAAAUUCAUUGAGAAGUCUGUGCGUUUAUUUCCAACUUCAGCAGCUGAGGAUCUAGGAAAUGAAAUUCGCGAAAGCAGGGCUGAGCCAUCAGGAGACGGCAGAACUGGCAGCAGUACAGAGGACACUACGAAAUCGACUAGUCCGUGUGAUAAUGGAAAUCGUCCGCAGUCUUCAGCAUCCAGUAAUAGUGUUCCUGGCACUCCGUCUGAUUAUACCCAGGCGCAAGUUAAUGAUGUAAAACGAAUUCUUAGAGCAAAGGACUAUUAUGAUGUCCUCAGUGUAUCGAAAGAUGCCAGCGAAACCGAAUUGAAGAAAGCUUAUAGAAAGUUGGCUCUGCAGUUUCACCCAGACAAAAAUAAGGCCCCAGGUGCUGACGAAGCAUUCAAAACCAUCGGAACAGCAUUCGCUGUCUUAAGGGACACAGACAAACGGCGGAGAUAUGACCAGUUUGGACCUGAAGCAGCGCGAGGAGACCGUGCACAAAAUCAGGGGCACUAUCAGCACUUUCAAGCGGGGGAUGAUGUUACUGCAGAGGAACUGUUCAACAUGUUCUUCGGUGGCGGAUAUCCUAACGGCAACGUUCGUGUACACCGGAGACGGCAUCGUGGAAGUGGUCACCGUCAGGACGACGAUGACCACGUUCACAACACUUUCUUCAGGCAGCAUCAUCAUCACCACCAGCACAACGGUGAUGGUGGUAAUGAACUCUUUCGGGUGCUACCCCUGCUUUCCAUAUUCGUCAUGUACCUUCUGUUUGCAAUCAGCAACAACUUGUCGUCACAACCAUACAGUCUCUACUUCUCAGAUGACCACCAGGUAAGGCGGCAGACCAGCACUGUUGCACCGGAGAAUGUCCCCUACUUUGUUGCCCAGUCGUUUGCGGAGGAGUAUGGAAACGACCCCACCAAGCUACGCAGUGUCGAGAGACAAGUUGUCCAGGACUAUUUGGAGACGCUGCGGUCGCGCUGCGUCAAUGAACAGAAUCAGCGUCGGCACGACAUGGAAAUGGCAAGAUGGAGAGGUUCUCAGAGAGAUUAUGACGCAGCAAGCCAGCGUGUGCUGGCAUCUUGUAAUAAGUACCAUAACCUGCGAAAUCAAGGCAAGACCUAAUAGAUAAAGCAUAAGCGUGUGGUUGGGUGUGGCGCAGUCUAUCCGGAGGCCCGCGGCUCUACUAUCAUACGAAUCGUUGCAUGAUAUCGUGCUUUCUGACAUGUUCCUGCUGUUCGCAUUGUUGUCUUAUUCGCUAUCACCCUGUUUUUAAAUCAAGUCUGUUCCUGAUCAUAGUCCACUCUGUAUUUAGUCGUAUUUUCUAAUGCUGGUUACAUUAUUUUUCUAGUGGCUUCAAUGACCAAGGACAAGGUGGUGACAUUUUUUCUGAUUUAAACAUAUCGUUCCAAAAUUGUUAUUAUACUGUCUCCCCAUCAUAACGUUUAUUCUCAGCUCCCAUGAAAUUCCUUUCCACGCUCGCGGCCUUUGCACCGGUUAGUAUUUAUUGACCAUGUUGUGCUAUUGUGGUGCUUGUUGCUUGCGUGUUAAACACGGAGGCACAGUUCGCACUGCUGGUGCAUUGUGGAGACCUGGCACGAUCUCCAGUUUUAUAUUGCAAACAGUUACCAGUAUCAAUUGA